AUGUUUUCUUUGUCUAAAUAUUCAACCCUUCCCUUUCUUACGCUCCUGCUUCACACAUCUGCUGCGUAUUCCUCGGCGAACUCUACCGAUGAGCCCGAGGAAUUGCACACAAUCGACUCAAAAAUAGCUCCUGGAGCGACAAUUUCGUACAAACAAACACACAUCUGCGAAACAACCCCAGGCGUCCAAGCCUUCAGCGGCUACAUCAAUCUACCAAGUUCUCUGAUAAGUGAUGUCGGCGGAGCAGCGGAGUACAACGCAAGUAUCUUCUACUGGUACUUCGAAUCCCGCAAGGAUCCCAAGAACGCACCACUCUCCAUCUAUGUCGGAGGCGGACCAGGCACAACAUCGCUUGGGGGAGUCACAGCAGAGAACGGACCUUGCUAUAUCAACCCUGACUCAAACAGCACAAGACUGAACCCCUGGUCAUGGAACAACAAUGUCAAUAUGCUGUAUAUUGACCAGCCAGUUAAGGUCGGCUUCUCUUACACCGAUCUUGUCCCAAGUGUGCUGGAUCUUCUCACCGGGACUAUUGCUCCGAUGGAAGCGUCUGAGAUCUCAAAUGCUACCUUUGUGACUGGCAUUCUUCCGGGUCAGAAUAUCAGUACCACUGUGAACACCACGGCGAAUGCAGCUAGAAUACUCUGGGGAUUCACUCAGAUUUGGCUGCAGGAAUUCCCGGAACAUGAGUCUUCAAACGAUCGCAUCAGCCUCUGGACAAACUCGUACGGCGGCCACUGGGGCCCGGGGAUCAUGGCAUACUUCCAAUCCCAGAACGAAAAUAUUCAAAAUGGCACGAUCACUAACACUCAAGCAAAAUACCUUCAUCUCGAUACCCUCGGUAUAACGAACGGUUGUAUCGACGUCAAGACGGAGGCCCAGUUUUACCCCGAGUUUGCUGUCAACAACACUUACGGCUUCCAAGCCUACUCUGAAGACGUCUAUCUCGAAGCACGCAACAACUUGACCAAGAAGGGCGGCUGUUCCGAUCUGCUCGACCAAUGUCGCGCUUUGAGUGUUUCAGAUCCAAAAAGCCUUGGGGCAAACGAGACUGUCAAUGCAGCGUGUGCACUGGCGACGCAGUACUGCUUCGGAUAUGUACAAGGCGCCUUCACUACAGCGUCUGACCGAAAUCCCUUCGACAUUUCGCGGGAGAAACACUCGGUCUUCCCACCGGAAUACAUCAUCGGAUACAUGAACCAAGAUUGGGUCCAAAGGGAACUGGGUGUACCACUUAACUUCAGCAUCAGCUCGAACGAUGUAUUGAACACUUUCUUUGGCGUUACGGGCGAUCCAGUCAAAGUCUCAAUCGACAACAUCAAUUAUGUUGCUCAAAGCGGCAUCAAAGUGGCGCUCAUCUAUGGCGAUCGGGAUUACAGAUGCAAUUGGCUAGGCGGCGAAGCAGUAAGCCUCGCCAUGUCCUACUCCUCAGCUCCCAGCUUCCGCUCCGCAGGCUACGAGCCCAUACACACCAACUCGACCUUCAACGGCGGCGUCGUACGUCAACACAACAAGAUCUCCUUCUCGCGCGUAUUCGACGCAGGCCAUGCUGUCGGUGCAUACCAGCCCGAAACCGUGUCCAAGAUCUUCGACCGCGUCAUGUUCGACUCGGACGUCGCUACAGGAAACACCAGCACGGCUGGGAACUCGUCGUACAGCUCGACGGGCCCGGAGAGUAGCUUAGGGAUCAAGAAUGUGUUGCCGCCGAGCCCGAAGAAUGAGUGUUAUCUGUGGGACGCGUUUCUUACGUGUGUGGAUGAUGAGCUUUUGGCGCUGGCUAAUGGGACUGCGGUUGUGAAGGACUUCAUCUUGGUCUCUGGGUAG